CAAAUGACAUGAUAUGAAAUGAAAUACAGGCAGAGACACAACAGCAUGACCCCUGUGAAAUCCAGUAGUUUGUGUUCACUUGACUUUUGGACAUUUGGGGAUAUUUUUAUUAGUAGUUUAAUUCAAUAGGAUGAAAUGGGUCCAUUAAGACAGAAAAACACUAAGUAUUAUACUGUCUCUGAUGCCAAACCAAUAUCUGUGACCACACAAACCACAUAAUAUAGAAUUAGAAUAGAAUUAACUCUUUGCUGACAAAAUUUCAGGGAUGUGUUAAAGCUCGCAGUAGCUCAUUGAUUUCCAUUGGUUUUUUGUUUUGUUUUUUGUUUUUUUACCGACCCAUGAGAAUAACUAUAUUUUUUCUGCCUACAGUGGAUCAUGAGAUCUCAGUCGAUAUCCGAGCUCCUAAUGGAGCAAAUUUUCAUUUCACGGGGCUCUGGGAUUUUAUCUGUCUGGUUUGUCUUUGUCAUGGGAAAGUUUGCCGACCACUGGCAGCCUAUACCUUACUACCGUCCCCACCCACGUCAUCGCCACGAUGCCAGAGACAAGCAUCCACAUCAAUGAAAAGGUGACGCGCUCUGCAGCGACGUGUGUGCCCCCUCCGUUCCUCUGUCUGUGCGCGCUCCGCCUGCGCUGCCUCACAUCAGCCAGGUGGUGAAAUGUAGCUUAAGUUAACGCGGGCAGGCGCUGCUGGAGAAUAUGGGUCGACAAUGGGGAGAAAGCGGCAACUGAUGUCGAGGAUCAGCCCGCCGGGAUAGACUAGACCAGAUCCGCAGCUAUGAGCUCCUCUUUUCCAAAAUCUGAAUCAACAACCUCCUUGUUGAAAUCAUCUUCGGCGGCGAGGAGACCGACACACCUCCCCGAACGUACCGCAGAGAGCCGGAGAAGUCAGCAUCACCAUCAGCAUCAGCACCAGCAUCACCACCGUCUUGCUGCACUCCAGAGCAGCAGCAGCAAAGCCGAGGAGUCCUUCUGGUCGGCCGAGUGCGACAUCAGUGCCCGGAGACCCCUGUGCCACCCCUCCCUCCUCGGCAGCCAGGACAGUAGUACUAACGCAGCCGCUCGGGACAAGUGCAAGUCACAUGCCCCUCACAGCCAAGUUCCCGACCCGCCGGAGCCCAACGGCGAGGCGGGCCGAGGUGUGAGGGAGCGCUGCAGGUCAUCCAAACCCACACACCGGCACCACCACCGCAGGAAGCACAACCGGGAGGACCGUCCGCCGGCAGCAGGCGCGCCGGAACCCGAGCAUCGCCGCCGCUGUCACACUCACACCCGCCCGAUCCCCAGGGUGCCCUCACUGUCGGACAGCAACGACGACAGGGCUCCUCUCUGCGAACCCAGGGACCACAAGGGGGCCAGUUUAGCAAAUACUGGCGCUCAGGUCAUCAGUCCCUCCCCGUCCUCAUGCUCCCUGGCCCCGCUGUCCAGCAGGUCCUCUCGUCGCUCCCGGAGGUCCAGCGCUGCUUCUUCUGCAUCCGAUAUCAAUUUACGCACCAUCCUUAACUCACUCUUUGGGCAGGACAGAGAGCUGCGGCCAGAAGAAAUGGAUGAGUUGCGGGAUGCUUUUAAAGAGUUUGACAAGGACAAGGACGGUUUCAUCAGCUGUAAAGACCUAGGAAACUGUAUGAGAACCAUGGGAUACAUGCCCACUGAAAUGGAGCUGAUUGAACUGAGCCAACAGAUAAACAUGAACUUGGGAGGUCAUGUUGAUUUUGAGGAUUUUGUAGAGCUGAUGGGCCCAAAACUCCUCGCCGAAACUGCAGACAUGAUCGGAAUAAAAGAGUUGAAAGAUGCGUUUAGAGAGUUUGACACUAAUGGAGAUGGUGCCAUAAGCACAUGUGAACUCCGAGACGCAAUGAGAAAGCUGCUGGGCCAACAGGUAGGUCUAAAGGAAGUGGAAGAUAUCCUGAGGGAUGUUGACCUGAAUGGUGAUGGGCUUGUUGACUUUGAAGAGUUUGUACGAAUGAUGUCUCGCUAAGAUCAUAAAAUGAUCGGCCCUGAAUGUGAAGCUGUGUCCUCCUCUAAACGUGCCCAAGUACAACAGAGGACCUGCAAAGAUCUUCUGAGCCAUCCAAAUCUGAGUGACACUGGAAAUAAAACUCCUUGAAUGUUAUAGAGCGAGGAGUCACCUCACACUUUCAAUCAAUAAGUGUUCUUCCUGACAAGUCUCUGGUUCAAGUGAGGCAGAAUUUGCUGUAGCCUAGCUAAUGAUUGUCUUAUGUUUUUGCACUUUAAUUCUCACUAAAUGACUUCCUGUGUGGUUAGAUUGCUGGUGUCUUGUCUCAUCCUCUACAUGGUUAAAAUAAGUGUCUCACAAAAUGUCGCCUUUGAUGUACAACUAAGUCAGGACGAGAGAGUGAAUGUCUGUAGAAAAUAUGUAAAAGAUCAGUGCACUGUUGGACAUUUCAGUUCAUUUUCACACAGUAUGUGUUAUAUUAGAAACUGUAAGUGGAAUGUCCUUUGUGUGACAUUGGUGCUCCACCAAGGAACCCACGUGGCAAUAUCACACCUGUAUUGUAACUGUGUGACCAUCUGUGAUUUUUCACUGUGCCAGUCUGAUCCGAUAAAAGCGUCACUGUCUGACAGCUACAUGCAACGAAGAAGCAGAUCUCUGAUAUUAAUGAGAGACAGAAGUUUGAAAUACCUUUCAUACAUGUUAUCUUCUACAGUCUGAGAUCAAGGGAAGCUGAAACACUAUUUACAAGGAUGCACAGCUCUCUUUCAGAACUUAAAUCCUGAGGCCCAAAGUGCUCACUGACAAUAGCCCACUGUGGUUUGCAGCAUCCUAUGCAGUGUAAAUGGAGCAUCUCGGGACUGUCUUUCAAUGCUCACAGGUUUGAAUUCCUGGAGUCUUUAACCUAGCUUUGGGAACAAGAAAUGAGUUUGUUUUGUUUUUUUGGAAAAUCCAUUUUGCCCUGUCUGAGAACAUACAGUAGGAAUGACAUGUGUGAACUGUAUUUACAGUGGAUAUGAUUAUGUUGUACCUGUACUGUACGUCACUGUCAAUAUGAUUGUAUUUGUGGUAACAUUCCACACAUCUGUGUUGUCAAAGCAAUUUUUAUGCAUGCCAAAGAGAGAAAUUUAUUAAAUUCAGUAUGCACAUUUGCAUUUUUGUCUAACAAGGUAAACAAAAUACUUUGCCAAGUUAACUGUAGAAAAAUAAAAGGUGUUUACAUUUGU